AUGGACUCGCCAGGUGGCUCAGAACUCUUUGAAAGCUACGAACAGGACUACGAGGCCAUCAAGCUCUCCAUCACAGAACGACUCAACGCCUCCGGAAAUCAGAAUGGAGAACCAAAGAAGCAGAUACUCAGAGCGGCAGACCGUGAGAUCGAUGAAGCUAGCGAAAUUUUGCAACAAAUGGAGAUGGAGCUGCUUAACCUCCCUCAGACGUCUCGAACUCGACUUCAGGCCAGACUGCGAGGUUACAAGUCUGAACUGGAGCGCCUCAAGCAAACUUUGAAACGGGCGCAGUCAACGUCAAGGUCGACUUCGGAUAGGGACGAGCUGUUGGGAGGACUCAAUGGUGGAUCAGACUUGGAUGCUGCGUCAAUGGAUCAGAGAACUCGUCUGCUGAACGGCACGGAUCGUUUGGCGGAAAGCAGCCGGCGCCUGCAGGACAGCCACAAGAUUGCCUUGGAGACUGAGUCAAUUGGAGGGGGAAUUUUGGGAGACUUGCGAGGACAGCGCGAGCAGAUCAUUCAUUCAAGGAACACGCUGCUGGAAUCCGACUCUAGUAUUGACAAGGCAUCACGAACCCUCAAGGGAAUGGCACGUCGCAUGGCGACGAACAAGCUGAUCACGGCGAGCAUUAUCAUUGUGCUUGUGGGCCUGAUCCUCUUUGUCAUCUACCGGAAGAUCUUUGGAUGA